AUGUCAACUACUACAACAACAACAACCACAAAUAGUUCAAACUCAUUAUUUAAAAAGCAUUCAAAAACAUCAUUAUUAACAAAAUCAUUAUCAAAUCCUCAAAUAUCAUCAAAAAAUGAAAUUUCAUCACCAAUAUAUCCAUGGAAAUUAGAAUUUGAUAAAACUUUAAAUCAAUAUUAUUAUGAAAAUUUAGAAAAUGGUUUAAUAUCAUUUGAUUCUCCAUGUGAAGUAAAUUAUAAACCAACAACCACUUCCACUAGUGGUUUCUUCAGUUCCUUAAAAAGAAAAUUUACAAAUGGUACAUCUAACACAAAUUCAAAUUAUAAAUGUAUUCAUUUCCAAAAAUCUUUAAGUGGUUCUUUAAAAUUAUCAAGGUCUAAUAAUAAAUCAAAUGAUACUAUUAAACAACAAAAAUCUCAAGAAACAGAACAACAAAAAGAAGCAGAACAAGAAACACAACAACAACAACCUCAACAACAAACACAUUCUUCACCAAUCAAUAUCCCAACAAAAUUUAAUGAAAAUACUCAUCAAUUAUCAAAUAAUUCAUAUGAAGAAAGUAUAAUAAGUAUAGAUUCAGAUAAAUCAAUAGAAUCUCAAUUACAAUCAGAUUAUUAUUAUGAUAACACCACAACCAACGAGGAAGCUAAUGAUUAUGAUUCAGAAUUUGAAGAAGAACCUAUAGAAAUUAAAUCAUUUAAUUAUAAAUAUAAUGAUAAUUUUUAUAAUUAUUAUUAUAAUUAUUAUUAUGAUCAAGAAAAGAAAGAAGAUGUAAAAGAUGAAAUAAGAGAUGAAGGAAGAAAAGAAGAUUCAAAAGAAAUGAAAAUGAUAAGUAAUUAUUAUUAUGAUAAUUCUAUUUCUUCAAAUAAUAAUGAAAUUGAUGAAUUAUAUGAUUUAAGAUUAAAAUUAUUUAAAGAUUUAUAUUAA